AUGUCUGUCAGCCCAGAGACUCGGUUUGAACUUAUUACUCGUAAUCUACAAGAGGUUCUAGGAGGAGAUAUCAUCAAGUCCGUAUUAGAUGAGGGAAAGACGCCUAAAUGCUACUGGGGGACGGCCCCGACCGGUCGACCUCAUAUCGGAUACUUUGUACCACUAAUGAAGAUCGCAGAUUUUUUAGCUGCGGGAGUGGAGGUGACUAUUUUGCUAGCAGACGUACACGCUUUCCUAGAUAACCUCAAAGCGCCGUUGGAACUGGUUGCCCAUCGGGUCUCUUACUAUUCGAAUCUUUUAAAGGCAACAUUCGAAUCACUUGGCGUUCCUGUCGAUCGCCUCAAGUUCGUUGUCGGAUCUUCUUAUCAACUCACUAAAGAAUACAAUAUGGACAACUAUCGCCUCUGUGCUACUGUAACAGAACACGAUGCAAAAAAAGCCGGUGCAGAGGUUGUAAAGCAAGUCUCCAGUCCUUUGCUUAGCGGAUUACUCUAUCCUGGGCUUCAAGCCCUUGAUGAACAAUACCUGGACUGUGACUUCCAGUUUGGUGGAGUCGAUCAGCGAAAGAUCUUUACAUUCGCCGAGCUGUAUCUUCCCAAGCUAGGUUAUCGAAAACGAGCCCACCUCAUGAAUGCUAUGGUUCCGGGUCUAACAGGAGGAAAGAUGUCCUCCUCGGAGGCUAAUUCGAAGAUCGAUUUCCUUGACCCACCCGCUGCAAUUAAGAAAAAAAUCAAGGGUGCAUUCUGCGAGGAGGGAGUGGUGGAAAACAAUGGCGUUUUGGCUUUUGUGCGUGCAGUACUCAUGCGUAUUGUUGAAGGUCGAUUGGCACAAGGCAUUCCGCUAAGUCAAAUGCAGCCUCUGGUUGCUGCUGAUGCUCCUGAUGGUACUCUUUUCACCAUUUCUCGUAAGCCGGAGUACGGUGGACCAGCUCAUUUUGCAAGUGCCAAUGAUUUGGAGAGUGCCUACACCGCCAAAGAGAUACAUCCAGGAGAUCUCAAAGCUGCCGUCGCCGAGUCGGUUGCGUCGAUACUCGAACCAAUUCAAAAGGCGUUUGAAGCAAGUCAAGAGUGGAAGGAUGUAGAGAAGCUAGCGUACCCGCCUCCAGUUGUGGAGGUUAAGAAAAAGAAGGAGAAAAUCUACCAUCCUCCUCCUCCAGGCAAAGGCAAAAAGACCACUCAAGUCACUGUAACCGAUGUCAAAUCUGCGAAGACCGAGCUACCGGAGGCUGAUACCGCUUCGGAGUCUACAGCAAUCGGAUUAGAACACUCUAAAACUGAUUCUAUUCAAGCUGAUUAA